CCAACAGGCCGAGCAGCAGCGCUUUGCAGAUGACAGAAAAUAAAUAAAUAAAUAAAUAAAUAAAUACCACCCUCACCCUCACCAUCACCAUCACUCUUACUUGGUUUCCGGACUCCAGAAUCGUCAUCUGUGUCUUCGAUAAAUGAAAUAGAGCUUAAGUAUCAAGCUCUUCUGGGGUUUAUCGGAUUCAUUUCUCAUUCAUAGAGAAAUCUCCAAAUGGCUAUGUAUAUCCGUGUUAAGCGUGAUAAGACAACCUACUUUCUGCAGUGUGAUCCAACUGAAACAAUUCUAGACAUUAAGCAGAAAUUGCAGACACUUAUUGAUCAACCGGUAAAUGAUCAACGUUUAAUCCUGGUGACAACAAAUGAAGUAUUGGAUGACUCAAAGACGUUGGCAGAUCAGAAGGUUGAAAAUGAUGCUGUUGUGGCCCUCACCUUGAGAAAAGAUGACGAUGAUGAGUUUGAGGAUGUCAACAUUGUCAGGCCAGAUGAUUUCUACCAAUCCCGUGAAGCUGAUGGUGGUUCAAAUUGGUAAAUCAGAGCUUCACCUGGAAUGGUGGUAGCAUUACAGAGAUUUGUCAUAUCUGACUUUUGAUCGGAGGUGAUCAUCACAUGAUUGUGGGUGCCCAUCCGCUUCUGCUGUCCAUACUGUUCUCCACCCAUGAAAAUUUGUGACAUUCAGAGCAUACAUAAUGUUUGGAAUACAACCUUCUUGUCAAAAUGUUGAUUUAGAGUUGCAAGUCUGAUGUUUUGCACCAAUUUCUCUUUUGAGUAGCAUAUGGUUUGCCUGUUCUAGAAUUCGCUACAUGACCUUUGUAUCUGAUCAAUAAUGCCAUCAGUAUUGUGGGGUUUCACA